AUGGCAGCGGGCCAGGCCGAUACGCGGUAUUCCCCAACAGAGACAGAAUAUGGCAUGACGUGUGCCCUGUAUUUGUUACUGCUCAACAGAAAGCCGGGCAGCGUAUGCGGCCCCCAUUGUUGCGCAGGGUGGGACCAAGUUGGGGACACCUGCCAGCCUCAUUGCUACCACCCAUGUGAACACGGAACCUGUGUAGACACAAACGUCUGCGAGUGUGAUCCUGGGUGGGAAGGAGCAGACUGUAGGCACGAUAUUGACGAGUGCUGGUACGGUCAACACGCCUGCCACCACAAUUGUCAUAACCACGAAGGCUGCUACACCUGUUUCUGUGACGACGGCUUCCAGCUCAUCAACUCUACACACUGCGUCGCCUCUAACGGUAAUACAACAGUUGAGCCUCCGCUGAUGACAACCGCCAGUGAUUCACUCUGUGUCACCACCAUAGCAGCAACUGUGGGCACGGCAACAGCGACGGCGAACCCACAACAGACAACCACCAGGACAACUACAAGCGGUAUACGUAACACAGCCCUAACGACAGCAGCUGACGUUACAACAGCAAGGCGACCACAGAUAGCCACCAGCACCGCAGCACCACAAACAAGCUCCACAGCACCAACAACUGCAGUUGACGUUACAACAACAAGACGAUCGCAGGACGUUACAACAGAUGAGCAGCCUUAA